GGCAUGGAGGAGAUGGAAGGUGAUGGGAAAACUAAAAAAGACAACGCAUGGGUCAGAUCUGAUCAUUCCACUGCAACUGCAACAGAUUCCAAACAUUUUGCUGCGGCCUUUAAGAAUGACCGGACCUCUGUCUCCUUUUGUUUCCUCGGGUUUUUAUUCGCUGUGUCCCGGCCACACCUGACUUCUUUCUCUCCCUUGAGUAUUCCAAGCUCAGUGCCACACCAGGCCCUUUGUCCCUACUUCUCUUUCUGGAACUCUUCCCACGUUUUUGGUGUAGUGUCUCCAUAGUUCAAAUAGUUUAAGAGAGAGGGUUACCCUCCCUUCAUGUUUUCCUUAAACUUUUCACUUUCUUCAUAACUGUACUAAGUUUAAUUUCAAACAUUUGUUAUGUUUUUAAAUCUGAUUCCACUAGAAUAUAGUGUCCAGCAGCAUGUCCAUCUGGUUUACUGCUAUAUGUUCAACAUCUAUAAUAGUGCCUGGUACAUAGUAGGUGGUACUCAGUAAAUAUUUGUUGAAUUAACGAAGGAAUGAGUGGAAGGUAACUGGAGGUUAAAAGAUUCAUAGAACUAGUUACAUGUAUCAAUAAGUAAUAGUAACUUUUUAUAAUAUAUGUACUAUUUUUAUUUUUCAGGAUUAAUUGGAAUUAAUUGGAUUAAAUGUCAGGUUUAGGCCCCACAGCCCCUGAGCAACAGGCAGAUGAGAUGGAAAAGGAAUUAAAGUCACCCGAUCCAAGGCCUGAUGCCCCUCCUGACUACAAUUCCCAUUUUGUGCAAGGACCCCCUGGAGUAGCUGUCCCUCCUCUUGCAGGCUACCCAGGAGGCUUGCCUAUGGCAUAUUAUGGUCUGCAGCAGCCCAGGGCCUUCCCCUACUGCCAGCCAAUCUGUGGUACUCAUCCCAUCCAGUACCAGCCUGGCAAAUAUCCAGUGUCAAGCCAGCCUGCUCCAAUAACGUGGAUGCCAGGGACAACUCUUGUGCCCAACUGCCCUCCUGGUCUGGAAUACUUAACCCAGCUGGACAACAUACAUGUUCUUCAGCAUUUUGAACCUCUGGAAAUGAUAACACGUUUUGAAUGUAAUAAUAAAUAUGAUGUUAAAAACAGCCUGGACCAGAUGGUUUACACGGUAACUGAAGACACCGGGGACUUCAUCAGGAACGCGUACCGGACGCUGCGGCCCUUUGUGCUCCGGGUCACUGACUGUGCGGGCCGAGAGGUCAUGAAGCUGCAGAGGCCCUUCAGAUGCACCUGCUGUUGCCUCUGCUGUGCCUCCACCAGGCAGGAGCUGGAGGUGCAGUGUCCCCCCGGCGUGACCAUCGGCUUCGUCCGCGACCACUGGAACCUGUGCCGCGCCGUCUACAGCAUCCAGGACGCGAGGAGGGAGGCCGCGCUGCGGGUGCGGGGGCCCUGCUCCACCUACGGCUGCGGCGCGGACUCCGUGUUCCAGGUGACGUCCCUGGACGGUGCCUCCAGCGUCGGCAGCAUCAUUAGGAAGUGGAACGGUUUGAUGUCAGCCAUGGGCCAGGCUGACCACUUCGACAUUCGCUUCCCCUUGGACCUGGAUGUGAAGAUGAAAGCUAUGAUUUUUGGAGCUUGCUUCCUCAUUGACUUCAUGUAUUUUGAAAGAUCUCCACACCAAAAUAGAAGAUAGACACUGCAAAUCAGCAAUUACGGUUUUUAAAAAAAUGUAGAAAAGCUGGGUUGGAGUUACAGUCAACCCUCAAUUAUUUGCAGAUGUAUUUAUCUGCUUUUGCAGACUGCUUUUAUUUGGUGUUAGCCUUGACAGGUAGCCUGAGAGUGUAAGAACACAAUCUGAUGUGUGUUUCAAUUGAGUAUCUGUCUCAUCUGUGUGGUAGACGAAUUCAUCCUGAAAAAGCUAUGACUCAUUAACCAAGUAAAUGUAUAUAUGAGGAGGUUGAAAACACUUUAAUAUGAGAUGGGGGAAGUGAACCCCAGAGCCCUCACAUUAAUAGGUAACACUGUUCAUCAGCAUGUCCUCUCACCAAAGACAACUUUGAUCCGAGGUGGAAAGGAUGACACUCUUCAUCUUUAAAAAGAAAAAGAAAGGCAGACAGAAAUAUUUUAUCUUACUGUACAAGGAGCAUUUUACUUGUGCACAUGUAUCAAAGCCUCAUUUUGCAAAAUUUACAGAUGUUUCAAUGGAAAAUUUGAUUUUAUUAUAAAAAUUUUUAUCGUAAGGUUUAUGUUUCCCAUGCCUGUUCCCUCGUUUGCAUGGACAGUCAGCAGCUGUCACACAUAUGAAGACCAGGUCGGACACUCAGGAAAGAAGGGGACCAGGGCCACAGCCACUCUCGAGCUCUUAGCAACUUAGAGGCAUCAGUGCCCUUAUAAAAGCUUGCGUUUAAUACAUCUAACCACUCUUGGUCACAGAUGCCUUAUAUAUAAAAUAUUUUUGUCCAAAUUUCUAAGAUUGCCUAUUGAACCUUCGUAUCUCCUUUGAUGUAACACAGAAGAUACAAGUUUUUUUCUUUUUAGAAGAUCCCUAUAAAAAGGGGGAGGCAUCUAUAAUACUUUCAACAAUAAAGAUAAAUUAAAAAAAAAAAAAAGAUCCCUGAUAAUCACUGUGCUGUUUUAUUGGCAGGAGUUGGAGUUUUGUUUUCAAAUUUUAAAAUGUGACAGUCUGUGUAGCACUUUGUAAAAGCAAGGACUAUGAAUUCUGACUCUGCUUACUAU